AUGACACUAACAGAGUCCAAUGCCUUUAUUUCCAUGUCUUCUAGUGCCGAUCAAGAUUAUCCACCAAGUAAUAUUCUUGAUCCAAGUGAUAAUGUCUUUUGGAUGACCACAGGUUUAUAUCCGCAAGAAUUUAUUAUUACAUUUAAAGAACCAAUUGAAUUUCGGCAACUACGAUUUGUAACAGCUAAUGUCAAACGAUUUGUUAUGUUUACUACGAGCAAUACUGAACCAAGAAGUUUCGAUACUAUUCUCGAAAAAACUAUACCCAAUAAUGAGAAUGCUCUUCAAGUCAAUGAAUAUACAUUAGAUCGUUCAAUGGAAGUUCGCUAUUUAAAAUGUGUAAUUCUCGCUGGUUAUGAUAGCUUUGCAAGUGUACAUUCACUUAAAUUCGACGCAGGCAAGACGCGUUCCGGAAAAAAAUAUUAA